UUCGCACCAGGUACAACUUCCGGUUUUUGUUAGCAAGCUAGUUGUAAACAAACUGAAAUCUUGAAAUUACUUAGCCGUCCUUGAACUUUAUCACAAAGUAGUAUGAAGGAAAAGUACAGAACGGGAGCGGAAAUGCUGUUAGUUAGAUGAAAACCUUACGACCUGUCAUCUAGUCAUGUUUGGAGUUUUCCAGAGAACAACAAUGCUGAGGACAGCUCUGAGACACCUGUCCAAAUCACAGCCCCCACCUGUACACAGCCAGAUGCAGUUUCUUGCCAGGGGCCCCUGUCUACAGAGUGUGAGCCUCAGUCAUAAGCUUCAUGUUGGAGCAGAUGGAUCCAGGUCAUCUCCUGCUGCAGCUCCACACAGAUUACCUUUCUCAAGGAUAACAGAGGAGGAUCUGGCCUUAUUCAGGGAGAUUUUACCAGGCAGGGUCAUCACUGACCCUGACCUGUUGCAGUCCAGUAAUGAAGACUGGCUGAAGUCUGUGAGAGGUUCAAGUGAAGUGUUGCUGAGACCUCAGACAACACAGGAAGCGGCAAAAAUUCUCAGUUACUGUAACAGUCGUAACCUGGCUGUGAACCCUCAAGGAGGUAAUACCGGUCUGGUUGGUGGCAGCGUGCCGGUGUAUGAUGAAAUCAUCCUCUCCACCUCUCUCAUGAACAACAUACUUUCCUUUGAUAACAUCUCUGGUAUUCUAACCUGUCAGGCAGGUUGUGUGUUGGAGAACUUGAGCCUCUACCUGGAGGAGAGAGACUACAUGAUGCCGCUGGAUCUUGGAGCAAAGGGCAGCUGUCAUAUUGGGGGCAAUGUGGCCACUAACGCGGGUGGGCUGCGGCUGCUCCGCUAUGGCUCCCUACACGGAACCGUGCUUGGCCUGGAAGUUGUGCUGGCUGACGGACAAGUCCUGGACUGUUUGUCCACGUUGCGGAAGGAUAACACGGGAUACGACCUCAAACAACUGUUCAUUGGUUCAGAGGGCACUUUGGGUGUCAUCACUGCCAUCUCCAUCCUUUGUCCUCAAAAGCCCAAAUCUGUUAAUGUUGUUUUCCUUGGCUGUGAAACCUUUGACCAGCUGCUGAAAACCUUUAGGCUCUCCAAAGGCAUGCUGGGAGAAAUUCUGUCAGCUUUUGAGUUCCUGGAUAGUGAAUGCAUGAGGCUGCUGAACACACACCUGAAGCUGGCCAAUCCUAUCUCUGAUUGCCCUUUCUACAUCGUCAUAGAAACCUCUGGAUCGGACUCGGACCACGACUCACAGAAGCUCCAUAACUUUUUAGAGGAAGCAAUGACAUCGUCUCUAGUUACUGAUGGUACCAUAGCAACCGAGGACUCAAAAAUAAAGGCGCUGUGGUCAAUGCGUGAACGUGUUACAGAGGCGCUGACUCACGAUGGCUUCACCUACAAGUACGACAUCUCCCUUCCGGUGGAGCGGAUCUACCAGCUGGUGACAGACAUGAGGCAGCAUCUGGGAAACCGGGCCAGAAGUGUGGUGGGAUACGGACACGUAGGUGAUGGUAACCUUCACCUUAACAUCACCUCCCCUGCUAAGGAUCCAGCCCUGCUUGCCUCCAUUGAGCCAUUCGUCUACGAAUGGACGGCCAAGUUUCACGGCAGCAUCAGUGCCGAACAUGGACUGGGCCUAAAAAAGAGAAAUUAUAUCUACUAUAGUAAAUCAAGGUCUGCUGUAGAACUAAUGGGUGACAUCAAGAUGUUGCUGGACCCCAGAGGCAUCCUGAACCCGUAUAAGACUUUACCAGACCAUCUGAAGUGA